GGAGAGGGGGAGAGGAAAGAGGGAGGUGGAGUUGACAGUGUGACAGACUUACACAGGGACUCAUUGGGAUAGAGGAUAGUCGUUGGCCGGUUUGCUGUCAGUCGGUACCGAGUGUUAAACUGAACGCCGGAGAAUUUCAGCCUCGUUAAAACCCGCAGCUCACCGCCCGGACCCCCGCACACUCCCGCAGUUGGAAAGGGAACAGAAAGGACAGUGGCGCUGCUUCAGGUUCCUCUGUGAUCACAAGAAGAUGGGAUUGAACUGAGCGUAGCGCAGGCAGCGCAGCAGGCCAAAGCUCUGUGAAUACUUGGCGUGACCAUCCAGCAGCUUACCCUCAAAUCCCUGAAGCUACCUCAGGAGACCCACUGCUGCUGUAGGAUCAACCGAACCUCACCUAACUUCACCCUACUCGGGGGGAGAUGGUGAACUGACCGGAGACCGGCAGGCAACAGAAGGCAGCUUCUCCCUCCCCGUCCACCAGCAGCUAUGGCGGGGCUGAAACGGCAUCACGAUGGGAAGAUCGCUGGGCUGUACGAUCUGGACAAGACACUGGGCCGUGGACACUUUGCUGUGGUGAAAUUGGCCCGACACGUAUUCACUGGGGAAAAGGUUGCGGUGAAGGUGAUCGAUAAGACUAAGCUGGACCCGGUGGCGCGGGGUCACCUUUUCCAGGAGGUGCGAUGCAUGAAGAUGGUGCAGCACCCCAACGUGGUGCGCCUCUAUGAGGUCAUCGACACGGCCACCAAGCUCUACCUUAUCCUGGAGCUGGGAGAUGGGGGAGACAUGUACGACUGCAUCAUGAAGCAUGACGGAGGCCUCACUGAAGAGGUGGCCAAGUGUUACUUCGCCCAAAUUGUCCACGCCAUCUCCUACUGCCACCGGCUGCACGUGGUGCACAGGGACCUGAAGCCGGAGAAUGUGGUGUUCUUCGAGAAGCAGGGCGUCGUGAAGCUCACUGACUUCGGCUUCAGCAACCGGUUUCAGCCUGGAAAAAAGCUCAACACCUCCUGCGGCUCUCUGGCCUACUCUGCUCCUGAAAUACUGCUGGGGGACGAGUAUGACGCUCCUGCUGUGGAUAUCUGGAGUCUGGGAGUGAUCCUCUUCAUGUUGGUCUGUGGUCAGCCCCCCUUCCAGGAGGCUAACGACAGCGAGACGCUCACUAUGAUCAUGGACUGCAAAUACACCGUGCCUCCACACAUCUCUCAUGCAUGCCGAGAUCUUAUAGGCCAUAUGCUGCAGAGGGACCCCAAGAAACGAGCGACCUUAGAGGAGAUUGGUGGCCACAAAUGGCUUCAAGGUGUCGACCCCUCGCCGGCCACCAAGAUGUCUACCCCUCUGGUGUCCCAUCGCAGCCUGUCGGAGGAGGAGCACGGCUCCAUCAUCCAGCGCAUGGUGCUGGGGGGCAUCGCAGAUCGAGACACUAUAACUGAGGCUCUGGAGUCGAAUCAGUACAACCACAUCACGGCUACAUACUUCCUGCUGGCUGAGAGGAUGCUGAGGGACAGGCAAGAGAAGGAGCAGCACAGCCAGACACGAUCACCCAGCCCUAGCAAGGCCCAGUUCAGGCAGUCCUGGCCAACCAGAGUGGAUGUUCACCAGGAUGUCAGUGAUGGCUUGGGGGGUCCGGCUAUCUCCCACCCAGGGGGUCCACAGUCCCCUGCCCGCAGUGCUGAGAGUCUCCACAAAGGCCCCAGACCCAAAACGGCUCUGCUGGACCUCAGCCAGCGGCAGGAGAACCACAACCAACCAUCCAGCCAGCAGCAGCCUGCACGACAGAACCAGGAGAGGGGGCUCAGGCCUCUCGGAAAGCCCCACUCCAACCCCCUUAGGCUGGGCUCUCUGCCCUCAGUGGGUCCUUGCAAACCUCGUAGUCCCAGUCUUUUCAGCGUGGAGGAGGAUGAAGAAGAAGAGGGGGAGGAAGACAAAUGCCUAUCCCCUUCUGCACUACCUGCUCAGGUGGUGCUUCGCUGCAAAGCCUCGUCUUCAUCAUCAUCUAUGUCUUCUUCCGGUAAUCGGCUGACAUCCCGUAUGAGUGCUCCAGUCCUUAACCAGAUCCAUGAGGAGGAUAAAGAGGAUGAGGACGAGGAGGAAAGGAGGGAGCUGCAUACACUUGGCCCGCCCAAACCCAGCCUCAGCCUCAAUCUGAACUCUAGAAUACCAUCACCGUCAACGCUCAUGUCAUCGCCCACAACUGUGUGUGUAACAGCACCGGUUGCCGCUUUCACCCCCAGCUCAGAGACUAGUGAUGAUGAGACAGAAAGUCACCAUAAACCAGAUACAGCAACUGUAGGUGGACAUGGGGAUGAGAGAGACGGGAGGAAAGAGGAUAGAGAUAAAAGGGGGUCAGGGCAGGGCAGUCCCUCCAACUGUGCCAGUCCUGGAUCAGGUUCAGGCCAUGGAAAGGGCACAGCCAAAGCUGCCAGCGGCCUGGUGGAAAGCCUAAAGCUGAUGAGCCUGUGCCUGAGCUCUCAGUUCCACAACCUGACAGGGGGAGGAGGGGGAGGUGGCGGUGGUGGUGGUGGUGGGGGUGGGGGUGGUGGCGGCAGCGGCGGUGUUGUUGGAGGGGACACCCAGGACCGUCCCAUGUGGAGGAUGUGCAUGGGCGGCUCCACCGGUAGCCUGGAUAAGGUCUCGCUCCUGGGUGGCCCAUCACCCAGGGGGAAUCUGUACCACCACCAACCCCCGCUGGGAGACGCGCUGGCGGACCCGCUGCUGGAGGGCACCUGCAUGGGCACACUGAGGCUGGGAGAGCUGGACCUGGCCAGGCAGAACCACAGGAACAUGAAGAACCGUGUGCUGCAGAUGCCUCUGAGCGACAAGACUCUGUCCGUCAACAUCCACCGGAGCCCCAAAGAGGGUUUGCUCUGUACCCCUACACCACACAGCUGCUGCCAGGUCAUCUAGAGCGCAGACAGCCACUCCAUCAGCUGCUGCACCUCCACACUCCUCCGCGUUCAUCUGUACAUCCCUUAUUGUCUUGCUUUUGUUCAAUCAUGCCACCACUGGCUUGUGAAUUUAUUUUAGCAUUUUAUGCUGUUUCCUAUUAUUUAACACUUACGGUGGAUAACUGGGAAAAAGUCCAAAUGCCAACCUUGCACAUUUAGAGACGCAAAAGGUCUCCAUGGAGGAGACUGGGUGCCAUGCCAAGAAUGUGAAGCACUUUCAACAGAUUAAACACUAUGGGGACAUUUUAACCCACUGGUGUGAUUUUACAUAAGAGACACUAAGUAUGGAAAUGGAUACAGGAGGUGCUCACAUCCCUGCUCUUAUGCACUUAUAUACUGUAUGUACACAUUUUGUGCACAUCCACACACACACACACACACACACACACCUCUAUAUCACUCGGAUAAGCUGAUAAAAGGGAAAAGCUGAUGAGUUUUAGUAUCAUGUUACAUAUUGUCUUUUGUUGUACUUGAUGCUGUUUUUUUUAAAAUAUCAUAUUUUAAAUUAUUUUUUGAGACAAUCAUUUUAUCAGUUUUUUAUUCUGACUGAAAGAGUUAAGUUAUGACUGUGUUUUCAUUCAAGUGAGGACAAAUAAUGGGGGAAAUGGACAGCAGCACUUAUAUAUGAUGGUGUCACACAGUAUUUUGUAAUCUAUCACUGUUUUAUUUUUCUAUCUCGAACAUGCUCUGCAGACUCAGAAAGAAAAUGCACACUUACUUGUCAAGCCUCUGCGCAGUUCCACGGCAGAGUUUGUACAUAUGUGAAUAACCUAGCAGUACUUUGUACCUGUAGUAUUGACGGUAAAGUUGUAUUGCAGUAGAAACAUGAAUACUAGAUCCUUAUACACCAUUAUUCUUCACUCCUAUUGGAUAUUCAAGGUUUUGGUUGAACCCAGAGUUAGAAAUGUGUCUGAUGGCCAAAAAAGAACAUUGAAAUAGAAGUUAUAUCUCCUCUGAAACCAAACAGAGUAAAUGAUCAUACAUGUAAUGGCAGCUCUUUAAAUUCAAUGACUACUGGGUGGAACCUAAACCCUGUAUAUCCCGUAGCUUGCCAGGAUCACGGUAGCCACUGUUGUAGCGUAUUCCAAGACAAAAACAACAAAGGGGUUUCAGUAGAACAUAACACCGCCCCUUCAAGUAUGAGUCUGUGUAACUGGAUUUGUGACCCACCCCUAGUGGAAUAUAUAACUUGACAGUGCAUGUGUUUUGCUGUAGCAACCUUAUUCUUACCCACUGAGGUCAAUCCACCUGCUGUAUCUACCCAAGUAAUGGAUUCAAACGGUCACUUUACUGUAGCCUCACACAACCAAUACCAGCGACUGCAAAAUGUACAACGAAAAUGGAUGUGCCAUAAAAUCUGUCUUGAGCAUAUUGUACUGUAUGUAUAUGAUAGAGAUCUAUGAAAAUAAAACAAUGAGAAUGAC